AGUUCCUUAUUGUUGUUGCAGCUCAGCAGGAUGACCAGAAAAAACACAGCUUCACCAGAUCCUUGUCGAAAGAACGAAAACUAGGCAAAUGGAUGCAAAGAACAGGGCAAUGAUGGUGUUGUUAAAAGGCCCCUGAAAUAGUCGUGGAUCAAACAGCUGUCACUCAGGUGUGAGUUGUUGCACUUGUGCUGAAAAUGCAGCAGUCGUGUGCAGGUGCGCAACAGCUGCUCUUCAAGCCAGCCCAAAGUCAUGCAUCCAUUAGGAGGAUCUGUGAAGGUUUAUUCACUUUGGCAAGUGUCAGCCCAUCUAACAGCAUCUGGAUGGAUUAUUUCUGUAAGGUGUUUAUAAUGGGAAGUAGUUCUGGCAAAGUGUUACCUGAGCCCUCUAAAAAUGGAUAUUUUUGCCUUUUCAACUCUGUUGUGAACUUCAAGAAACAAGAGACUGACAGUGAAAACUGUAAAGAGAAACAACAAGCUUGGCUUUGGAGGAGGAGAAGUGACAGAAGGCCUUCCCAAGAAGGAAUAUCAGUCAAAGAAUCGGUUCAUCUGGAGGAGCGGAUGAUGAAUCCUAAUGCAAAGUUUCGUGCAAAGUUUGAUCCACGCGUCACAGCGAGGUAUGACAUCAAGGCUCUGAUCGGCUGUGGCAGCUUCAGCCGUGUGGUUCGUGUUGAGCACAGACGCACACGCCAGCCCUUCGCCAUUAAACUUCUGGAGGUCAAAGGUCGUGAGGGUCACGAGGCCUGUCAGGCAGAGCUCAGGGUCCUGCGACGGGUGAACCACAGUAACGUCAUCCACCUGGCCGAGGUGUUCGAGACGCAGCAUCGUGUCUAUCUGGUUCUGGAGCUGGCCACGGGAGGAGAGCUCCUGGAGCGCGUGGUUGCCCGAGGAACCUUCAGAGAACGGGACGCCACCAAGGCCUUGAUGAUGGUGUCCAGCGGGCUGUGCUAUCUACACACGCUGGGCGUCAUCCACAGGGACCUCAAACCUGAAAACCUGCUGUACUACCAUCCGGGACAGGACUCGCGAUUGAUCAUAACAGAUUUUGGACUCGCUUGCUGGGAGAACAAGACAACAAUUUCAUUUCAAAGCAGAGAAGAUACAGCUGUUAUGACUCACGAUGCAAAUUUUGACUCUGUAGAUGUUGAGAAGAGCUGUCAGGCUAAAACAUGGGCUGUGAGGACACUCUGCGGCACGCCGGAGUACCUGGCCCCUGAGAUGCUGGCGCGGAAACCCUGUAGCAGCGCAGUGGAUAUGUGGGCGCUGGGAGUCAUCACUUAUAUCCUGCUGAGCGGCUCGCUGCCCUUCGACCAGAGCAGCCGACCGCAACUCUUCAGGGCCAUUCUCAGGGGCAGCUACAGUUUCCAUGGAGAUCCAUGGAAAUCAGUAUCUACAUUGGCCAAAAGCUUCAUCGAUCGUCUCCUGACCCUUGAGCCUGAUCGCCGGAUGACCGCUGAGGAAACUCUUAAGCAUCCUUGGCUGGUCAGCAUGGCAGCCUGUUCCUCCAACAAGAACCUACACCGCUCCAUUUCCCGAAACCUCCAGCGCCGGGCGUCACGGGCCUCCUCUCGAUGCCCCAGCUCGGGCUCUACUCCUGGGUCUCAGAUAUCAAUGAGGUCUGGGUCACGGCCGGGUUCUAGGCCACGGUUAGGGGUCAGCGACAGGUCACAAUGCCGGAAGAUCACUGCUUAGCAAGUUCAAGGUUUGGCUGGUUAGCAUGGAUCCAUUAUUUUAUCCCACAGCGCUAUCACUCAUCUGUGCUAUCAACAGCCUGUUUAAUUCUAAAGAUCAGAGAGAAAUGAUCAGUGAAAAGAAUUGCAUCAUAAGUGGAUGUCAAGGAAAAAAAUUAAAAGAUGAAAAAUGCAAUGAUCCUUUAAAUCCUUUAGAUGAACUUGAAUGUCGAAAUGCAGAUCUUUCUUUUUCUGACAGGUAAAUCGCGUGCAUCUAUACUAAUAUGAUGGUGCUAUAUUCAUUUUUCAGGAUCUUCAGCAUAUUUAUCUCCUACUCAUGAUGAACAGUGAAGGAGUUUAAAUCUCCACUAUAAAAAGAAAAGCACAGAUCAGCACCUCUGCUCUGUUCUCCCACAUUCAUUUCUUCAUUAAUCAGAUGAAUAUGAGCUGAUUACAUAAACUCACCAUUCUAUUUUAAAAUAUACAUUUUUCAGCACUGAAUAAUCAUGCAUAAGUCUAAAAUGCGAAUGGGCAGGGAGGGUAGUUCAUCUCAAAUGGUCUGAUCUGCAGAUUUUCUGUCCUGCUUCUUUUCAUAUGACUGUGUUUUUACAUUAGGAUAAGCCUCUGUAGAUUGAUUGUGUGAAUGAAUUAAUACUUUUAUUCAGCAAUAAUGCAUUGAAUUAAGCAAAAUUGAAAGUAAGUUCAUGUAUAAUGUUAAAAAAAAUCUAUUUAUAUCAAUUCUGUUUUAUUACUGAAUUCAACAUAAAAUGUUUCCACGAGAAGAAAAGGAGC